UCACCUGCUGCAGCAGAGCAGAGCUGGAGGAGAGCUGGAGGAGAGCAGAGUGGAUGAGCAUCUCCUCUCUACACCGUCUCUACACGUCAGGAUGAAGAUGAGUGUCAGCACACAGAGAGGACAGUACCGGGGGACACGGUGUCUGUCCUGAACCUCCCCCCCCCCCCCCCCCCCCCCCCCCCCCCCCCAAAAAAAAAAAAAACCCCAACGCAUUUCAGGGGACACAUCUCACUGACAGACAUCGACUCUUCCAGCUCAGCUCGGAUGAUGCUGGUCCACCGUUAAAGGGGAUUUUUGGGGGGGAACCGGACUCUGUCGGAAUUUCGCCAAAAUUACGACGGGAAUCAAGUACAGCUCCCUGUCUCCCGGUAACGGGAGAGACCACCGGCCGCUCGUGAUGUCUCGUGCAAAGGAGCGGCUGAAAGGCGGGAAUGAGACCAAGGACAGCGUCACUCUGCUGCCGUGCUUUUAUUUUGUAGAGCUCCCUAUCCUGGCCUCCUCUGUUGUCAGUCUUUAUUUCCUGGAGCUGACGGAUAUUUUCCAGCCGGUGCAUUCUGGGUACAGCUGUAGUGACCGCAGUCUGUCUCUGCCCUACAUCCUGCCCAGACAGGAAGUCUGCCCACUGCCCCUGCUCUUCAGCCUGGCCUUUGCCGCUCCCACCGCCACUAUUCUCAUAGGAGAGGCCAUUCUGUACUGCUAUCUAUCCAGGAGGUCAUCAGCCACUCAGACGGAGGCUAACAUCAACGCUGCAGGCUGUAAUUUCAACUCCUACAUCCGCAGGGCUGUACGCUUCAUAGGUGUCCAUAUCUUUGGCCUGUGUGUGACAGCACUGAUAACCGAUAUUCUCCAGCUGUCCACUGGUCAACACACCCCCUACUGGUUGGAUGUGUGUAAACCCAACUUGACCCACAUUAAUAUGUCCACUUGUGAUGAAGCUUUUAUUCUGGAGGAUAUCUGCUCUGGACAAGACAGCGGGCUCAUCAAUGCUGGGAGGAAGUCUUUCCCCUCCCAGCAUGCAACUCUAGCUGCCUUUGCUGCUGUCUACAUCUCAAUGUACUUCAACACGGUGCUGACCGACUCUGCCAAGCUUCUGAAGCCUCUCCUGGUGUUCUCCUUCGUCAUGCUGGCCAUCCUGGCCGGGCUGACCAGGAUCAUCCAGUUCAGAAACCAUCCCGUCGACGUCUACUGUGGCUGGUUACUGGGAGCUGCCAUCGCUGUUUAUCUGGGUGUGUAUGCAGUGGGGAAUUUCCAGCCCAGUGAGGAUCGGUCCAGAAGUCGAGCAUCUACCCCCACCCUGAGAGAGCCCACCCUCUCCUCCCUACCCAAUGUUAGCCAAUCAGCAAUUAGCAACAGCCACCAAGAUUACCGUUAUCCACUUCAAGGUCACCACACCCUGGCUCCCAGCCAACCAGAGCCCAUCAUCACGAGGACCUCUUCCCACACUUUGUCCCCCAACCAAUCAGAGCCCAUGCUGACGCGCAGCGCCUCCUACCGAGAGCCGUCUCUGUCCAAUCUGAAGAGAGCCAGUGCUGAGGUGGAGGUGAUAACCCCAUCCAGUCCCCUGGGCAACCAGGACAACAUGAUGACCUUCAGCAGCAGCACACUGCCAAGGUCCCACGGAGGCUCCUCAUUGGAGGAGGGUCGCAUUCCACGCCGCCACGCCUCCAUCCACGCAUCAAUGGACUCGACCCGAUCCAAACAGCUGCUCAGCCAAUGGAAGAACAAAAACGACAACAGGAAGCUAUCCCUGCAGGUGAUGGAUGGAAUAAGACCGGCGUCCUCUUCAUCUCCUCAGAGGAACAUGGAACUGCGCUGCUCCUCUGAACCUUCUGCCAUGGGCCUGGAGGCAGAGCUCCGAGGUGGGAUGCACCUGCCUUCACUCAUCACUUGUCAGGAAACAGAGCUGCGUGCUGGGGCCCACAUCCCAGCUCAGUACAUGAAACUCGCAGCGAGCUCUGUUCCUAUGACCAAUCAUAAUCACAUGACCCAUAAUGGGAGCACCGGAUUGGCCGGCGGGGCCAGAGUGUCUAUCCAAUCCCGGCCUGGAUCCUCCCAACUGGUUCACAUUCCUGAGGAGGAAAACCUCACCUGCAAGGAUCAGGAGAGUGAAUCAGAGGACAGCAUGAUGGAUGGGGGUGGGUCAGUGAGGGAAAAGUGGCUGAGAGUGGCUGAGAAGACCAGCAUCCCCUGCAGGCCGCUCAGUGCUGGAGGACAGCCUCGUCUCAUGCAGGUGAUAGCCUUAUCCAAACAGCAAGGUCUGCUUCACUCUCCACGGUCGGAGGAUGGUGGCAGCAUUCGGUACCGAGCCCUGACGGACCAGGACCCAUCACCACCGGCCUCCACCACUGGAGCAGUGGGAGGAGGAGGAGGAGGUUUGGAAAGAAGUGGCAGUAUAGUCCGUGUUGAAGCCCACCCAGAGUCCAGAUCAAACAAACCUGUGGUGAAACCUCCGAGCACCGACGGAAGUGGCUCCUGGCGAUGGAAACCACCGGAUCCACGAGCUUCUCUCCGACAGUCGCCUUUCCCCCUUAACGACCUGAACAGACACACAGACAGCUGUGAUUCGCUGAGGGAUGGAGGGUCGGUGGAUGGGCGGAGGAGCGUAACAGGAACCGAAUCGGAGAGCGAGGGGGGAGGAGAUGUAGUGGGAGGAGGACCAGGAGGAGGAGGUGUGUACACAAACCAUCCACAUGUUGUACACCCUUUACAUCCCUUACACCCCAAUAACCCCAACAACUUCCAGCACCCUAAUUUUAACCCCAACAAUCCCAACUUUAAUAACGCCCACUUUAACUUCAACCCCAACUCUGCCAACUUUAACCCCAACUCUGCUAACUUUAACCCCAACUCUGCCAACUUCAACCCCAACUCUGCCAACUUCAACCCCAACUCUGCCAACUUCAACCCCAACUCUGUCAACUUUAACCCCAACACUAUCAACUUCAACCCCAACUCUACCAACUUCAACCCCAACUCCGCCAACUUUAACCCCAACUCUACCAACUUCAUCCCCAACUCUGCCAACUUCAACCCCAACUCCACCAACUCCAACAUGCCAUUCCCCCCCGCUGCCACCUUUGCUCCUCCCUUCCACCCCCACCCUCAGGCCAUCACCACCAUCCGGGUCACCCCAGUGGAGGUAACGGCUGCCAGCAGCGACGGUGGUUCAGACUCCCAGUCGGCUGCCUCGUCCAGCCGUGAGUCCACCCUGAGGAGGAAGAGUGGCUCCAACACAGCCCACAUGCCCGAUCGAGGGCCCACCCCAGACCUCCACAAUAACCACCGCCUUUGUGAUGACGGUAACCGCAUCGACAACGAAAGCAGCAGCCGUUUCCACGAAAACCUUCGAAGUUUUCAAGAGAACCCUAUCCACCCUAACCACCCCAACAGGCAGUUGCAGGGGAUGUUUAGCCGUCCCAGCCCAACCCCUCCCCCUACCUUACCCCGCCCCCUCCUGACUCACACCCCGCCUCCUACUCUGGGGUUGGCCUAUAAAGAAUGAGACGUUCAGAGGUAGAUUCAUCCAUCUAUACCUGUGAUUAAAUGUGUCCCAAUUGACCAGUACAACAUUUCAAUGGAGAUGCUGCAUGGGCCAUUCAGAACUUUAGAUUGAGCCAAAAAUGAAAGGAAAUUUGGUUAAAUCUGUCCACCACCCAGGUUCAGCCAAAAGGGGGUGGCCAAAAACGUGUUAGUCCCACCCACCUCUCCCCUGGCCAAUUAAGGCACAAUAAAUGGCCAAUUGUGUCCCACCAGCACCCCAGUUGGUUUAGAACCCAACUGAAUAAAUGUUAUGUCUUACUAGGAGACGUACUGUAAGCUUAUUAAAACCUAUUAGCAAGAGGUUCACAAUCCUCUCGGGGUCUAAAGCCAUAGAGACUCCUACACAAUUAGCCCUGCCCACGAUCUCCAACUGGCCAAUAAGAAAGGACUAUAGUCAGGGCCCAAAAUAAGAGGGGCGAGUUUGAUUCAACAUUUUUCCUUGUGUGUUUUUUUUUCAUCUGGAUACACCAGUCCGUUUUUGUAAAUGUAAUAAAUUGGGUGCACUGGCUUCAAAGGCACAAGAAUAAUGGGCUAAAUAAACUGCAGACCCUUUGACUCAGUCAGAAGGAGAGACUCCAGCCUCCUCGGUCCGUCCCACAGCUCCCUGCAAGCGAGGAUGGAUUCAGCCUAAUGACUCUGACCCCCUUUCCUCUGACUGCUAGGUCAGCUGUCAGUGGGAUAACAUUCUUAUCAUCAACAUUUAUACAUACAGUAUAUAUUCUCAGCUCUCAUCGUUUUAUCGAACACAGGUAACAAUAUCGAUAUAUAAACUUUACAAUGUAACCACAUGCCAUUAGAUGGAAAUUUGCAUUCAAAGCCCAUAACUGUGCUGUGUUUGUACAUAUGAAUGUGGGUGGCCACAGUGGAAAUUAAACCCACAGUCUUAAUUGUGUCUGGGCUACAAGGAGUCCCUUUUGGGCAAUAACAGUAUCUCUUAGUUCAUGGUGGUAUUGUGUUUGUGUUGGAUAAGAACAAUAUCAUGGGACAUACCUUGUGUUUAAAUAUAGUUAAACGAGCGCUCUAUUUUUUACAUGCUGUGUUUUAAUGAUGUGCAGUAUCUGAAUUAUUGACUGUGUAGUAGCUGUACUGUACACUAGCACAUGCAGCAUGUGAGUCAUCUGAACAAACUUCGACCGCACACAAGUCCAAAGACUGAGGGAAGUUAAGCAUUUUUUUCUUUGGUUCAUUUUAUGAGCUCAUCAUGUUUAGGGCAACUAUUGGGAAAAAAUAAAUCUAAUAUAUCUAGCAUAAAAUCAAAAUAUUUUUGAAAAAAAAAAAGUUGCAAUGUUAAAAGAUAAAGUUGUAGUUAUAUGUGAAAAAGGUAAUAUUAUCUGAUGAUUUUACAAAAGAAAUGGCAAAAUAUUACGAUACUAAAAUGUUUUAACAAAAAAUUGAAUUUAUAAAGAAAGUACAAUACCACAUGAAUACAGUCAUCAUCAUACAACAAAUGUUUGUAUUUUUGAGAAAACAAAGCAAUAAUUAAAUAAUAUAGUGUAAUUUUACUAGAAAGUACAAUAUUACAAGGAUAAAAGCAGAAAUAAAAAAGGCAUUACAGUUACAAAAAAGGUCAUAAUGGUACAUGAAUAAAGUGUAAUUUUACCAGAAUUUAUGAUACAGUAAAAUCUUACAAAAAUGGUAAUUUUAAGAAACAUAUUCUAAUUUACUAGAAUUAAGUGCAAUUUUAAAAGAAAGAAUUCCAGUUAUACUUAUAAAUCUGAAUUUAAAAAUAAAAGUCAUAAUAAUACAAGAAUAGUGUUAAUUGUAUGAGAAAAUGUCAUAACAUCACAAGAAAUGAGUAAUAUUGUUGAAAAAAGUCUGUAUUUCAAGAAAUACUAUAAAUGUUGUCAUAUUUGGAGAACAACAAAAUGUCAUAUAUAUGUAUAUAUAUAUAUACAAAUAUAUAUAUAUAUAUACAUACAUAUAUGUAUAUAUAUAUAUAUUUGUGUGUUUUCUUGUUUUAGCAUUGCCUGGCUAUCAAUAUAGUUGCUAUUUUUUCCAAGCAGAGGAUUUGACACCUAAGAUGCCUCAGAUCUCUGAUAAAACGGUGCAGACUUUUGAAAGUUAUCCUCAACAACCCUUGGUGAAGAAUAUUAAUAUAAAGAUAUUAAAAGAAUUUUACAAUUUUA